AUGGACGGAUAUAACAGUGUCAAGGUCAAUACCGUGUUCAUCGGUACUAAUCCUAUGCGCGUCGGAUGCUACGUCGAGAUACCGCGAAAGAUCGUGUUGAAGAAAGCGGUGGUCAACAUGCGAUCUACGGAUAACGCGUGUUUCGCGUGGGCGGUAGUCGCCGCUUUAUAUCCGGUUGAGAAAAAUACGGAGAGAAGCUCGCGGUAUCUUCACUACUCGACAGUGCUGAAUCUGGAGGGUAUCGAGUUUCCCAUGAGUUUGAACGGAAUUACUAGAUUCGAGCGUAUUAACGACGUAUCCAUCAACGUGUAUACCGUUCGGGAUAAGAAGGACGGGAAAGGCCGUACUACCGUAUCGUUCCUCUGUGUCUCACCGAUGCAUUAUUUUCGAAUGAGCGAUAAGUUAUCGGCUCACAGCGCGGACUGCGGAAGGAUGAACGAGUGCGCUAUAGUUCUUCCUACCAAAGACGACAAAUGGUUAAAGUUUCGCAACUACGGUAGAAAGGAGCGACUUCCGUUCGUAGUGUACGCCGAUUUCGAAUGCGUGCUGGAGAAGAAAGAGGACAGGAGAACGUCGAACACGUCCAUCGUUCAGCAUCACAAAGUCUAUAGCGCGGGAUAUUACGCGCGAUGCGCGCUCGACGACGCUAGCUCGAUUUACAGAGCCUAUCGCGGCGAGGAUUGCGUAUCGUGGUUCGUUAAAGAACUGUACGAUCUAGCGCUUCGCGCGAGGACUAUUCUCGACACCGAUGCGCCUAUGACGGAUCUUACACCGGACGAGUGGAAGAGAUUUAUGAGCGCGACGCAUUGUCGCGUGUGCGAGAGACCGUUCGGACCGGAAGACGCUCGCGUGCGCGAUCACUGUCACCUGACCGGACGAUACAGAGGUCCGGCGCAUUCGAAUUGUAAUUUAAAUUAUAAGGAUACUUACGUAAUUCCCGUAUUCUUUCACAAUUUAUCGGGCUACGACGCGCAUUUCAUCAUCAAAGAUGUGGCUAACGCCUUUCCUGGUAGCGUCGAACUGUUGCCGCUAACGAAGGAAACGUACAUCUCUUUCACGAAGAACGUCGAGGAUGCGUCAAACGAGGGAUGGUUAGGGAGACGCCUGAAAUUGCGCUUCGUUGAUUCUUUCAAGUUUCUAAGCGCGAGUCUCGAAAAAUUGGCGUCGUAUCUCGACAAGAGCGAGCUGAGGAUCGCGCGUUCGGAAUUUUCCGAUCUCGACGACGCCGAUUUCGAGCUUCUCGCGCGAAAGGGCGUGUUUCCGUACGAGUACGCCGACGACGUCGAUAAAUUGCUGGAGACUCGUCUAUCGCCGCGCGAGACUUUCCACAGUUCGCUGACCGGUGACGCGAUAUCCGAGAGCGAUUACGCGCGCGCGAUAAAAGUCUGGGAGCGGUUUCGCGUCGAGACGUUGGGCGACUAUAGCGAUUUGUUUUUAUAA